CUUAGUGAAUAAAUUCGGGCUUCAUUUCUGAUUUCAGCCUUCAGUGUCCAUCACACCUUAGGGAAGAUCACUGCUAAAUGGCAACCAUGUGGAAGGUGGUUCUUUUGCUUUGUCUGCAACUUCAUGGCUGUCUGGUUGCAAGUGAGGGAGAAAUGACAUAUGUGGUGACAAUUCCUUCUCAGAUUUUUGGAGGUAGUACUGGGGUAGUAAGCGUCCAUCUCCUUAACCCUAAUGAAACAAUUUCAUUCAUUGUAACUCUGAAGAUGGAAACAGAAAAUCUGACUUUAUUGGAGGAAAAGGUUAAGGAGAAAGAUCUCUACAAGUGCAUUAAAUUUCAGGUUCCACAGGUGAAUGAUGAAUUUGUAGGCAGUAUUGAAGUACGAUUGAAAGGAAAAACAUUUGAGAUUGUAAAUGAGAAAAAAGUGCUUAUUUCCUCAUUAACACCUAUGAGUUUUAUACAGACAGACAAACCGAUCUAUAAACCAGGACAAACAGUUAAAUUUCGUAUUUUUGCUAUUGAUGAAAAUUUUUUUCCAAUUAAUGAAAAGUACACCACAGUGGAACUAAUUGAUCCCCGCUCUAAUCGGAUUGGGCAAUGGCUUAACAUAUCGUCCAAUGGUGGAAUUGUGGAUUUAUCAUACCCCACCACUCCAGAAGCCCCACUUGGAAAGUAUUCUCUAAAACUAUGGAAGGAGGAUGGAAAAAAAAUUGACCAAACAUUUGAAGUUAAAGAAUAUGUUCUGCCAAAGUAUGAAAUUAAGAUUAAUAUGCCAGAAAUAGUAACUAUUGAAGACACAGAAGUCAGUAUUCAAGUUUGUGGAAAGUAUACAUAUGGCAAGCCAGUUAUGGGCACUAUAACAUUAAGUGUCUGCAGGAGUGCUUAUUGGUUUUUCGGAUAUGAUACAAACAAAGACAUCUGCAAGAAAUUUACAACUAAGACUGAAAAAUCUGGCUGUGGAACUCAAGUUGUGGAACUUCAAGAAUUUAAACUGAAUUCCUCAGGGUAUCAAAACUCCUUUAAGGUUGAUGCUGAAUUGACAGAAGAAGGAACAGACGUGAAACUUGAAGAAGGUGGCCUUCUUAAAUUCACUAAUGUCUUGAUUAACGUGGAUUUUGAAGAGACUGACAGUGUCUACAAAGGCGGAAUUCCUUUCAAAGGAAAGAUUAAAGUGACUAAACCGGAUUCCUCUCCAUUGACUAAAGAAAAUGUGUACCUCUACAUGGCUUGGGAUGCUCAAAAUGAGACACUGACUCUUGAGACCGACUCAAAUGGCUAUGCAGUUUUCUCACUGGACACUUCCUCAUGGGGUAACAGUACAAUUAAUCUUCGGGCAUACUACAAAUAUGAACCAGAACCAUAUGUUGAUGGCUUUAUAUUUCCCGCAUAUGGUAAUUCGUAUCUUACUGUAAAUCCAUUUUACUCAAAAAGUAAAAGCUUUCUGAAGAUCCAAGAAACUAAUGAAGUACUAACUUGUGAAACAGAAGCAAAAGUCGUUAUCCGCUAUAUCAUUGAAAUGGAUGAGCUUGAGGAGGGAUCAGAGUUCUUGGAUUUCUACUACCAUAUGGCAGCAAAAGGAAUCAUUGUAAAGAGUGAAAGAAUUCAGGUUCAUCUGAAUAAAGGAGCGGACUCAGAAGGAUUCUUUGAUUUAAAAUUCGCUGUGACAUCCGAUAUAGCACCUUACGCCCAAUUCCUCAUUUACACUAUAUUGCCAAGCGGAGAAAUGAUUGCAGACAGCCAUAAUUUUAAGGUUAAAAUGUGUUUUAGGAAUAAGGUAGAAUUGAAGUUUUCAUCUUCCAGUGAACUUCCUGGGGAUGACACAAAACUGCACUUGCAAGCAAAACCUGGUUCCUUGUGCUCAGUAAGCGCAGUGGAUAAGAGUGUUCUUUUAUUGGAUUCCAGCAAACAGCUGACUGCAAACUCGGUUUACAGCAGGCUUCCAGUUCAAUUGAUGAGUGGCUACAAUUAUCAAGCAUAUGAUUAUGAGCCAUACCCCUGUGAAAACCAUGUCCUGCGCACUCUGCAAAAACGCUCCAUGUACUAUCCCAUGUACAGUUCUGCAAAUGAUGUUUUCAAUGUGUUCCAGGGCAUUGGUUUAAAAUUACUUACCAAUUCAGAUGUGAAAAAGCCAAUCAUCUGCAGUCCCAUUGUGUACUAUUCCCGUACUCUGGCUAAAGAAGAUAUAUCAAGUGAUGUAGCAAUACAAGAAAUGGCAGUUCCAUUUUCCAUUGGUGCUGGUAUGAGUGGCCCAGGUCCUCAACCUGUAAAAGAGACAAUCCGUAAAUUCUUUCCAGAAACAUGGAUUUGGGAUCUAGUCUCUGUUGGGGAGACGGGCACACUUGACAUUCCAAAGACAGUCCCAGAUACCAUUACUGAAUGGCAGGCAGAUGCUUUUUGCACUUCUCCUCAGGGAUUUGGACUAGCGCCCUCUGUGGGUCUGACAGCAUUCCAGCCAUUCUUCGUAGAGCUUACACUGCCAUAUUCAGUGGUCCGGGGUGAAGAAUUUAAGCUGAAAGCAUCAGUUUUUAACUACAUGUCCCAAUGCAUUAUGGUGAAGGUCACUCCAGCUGAGUCUUCUGAGUAUCAGUUAAAAGAGUGUGAGAGGUGUGAAUACAAAAGCUGCCUGUGCCCUGAUGAGACCAAAAUAUUCCACUGGACUCUUAUUCCCAAAGCACUGGGUGAAGUGAAUGUCACUGUACGUGCUGAGGCACUGAGCACUGAAGACCUGUGUGGAAAUGAGGCAGCAGUUCUGCCAGAAACUGGACGUGCCGAUGUUGUCAUAAAGAAAUUGCUAGUAGAGUCAGAGGGAGUACUACAAUCAACUGCAGAAAAUGCACUGUUGUGUCCUCAUGGUGAACCAGAAAUAACAAGCAUUUCUUUACACCUCCCAGAUGUGUUCAUAGAUGGAUCAGCUAAAGCAUUGGUUUCAGUCCUAGGUGAUGUGAUGGGCAGGGCCAUGCAAAAUAUUGACCAACUUCUUGCCAUGCCUUAUGGAUGUGGAGAACAGAAUAUGUUGCUUUUUGCUCCAAAUAUUUAUAUUAUGCGGUAUUUAGAAGCAACAUCUCAAAUGACACAACAAAUCAAAGCCAAGGCGAUCAAUUUCAUGGAAAGUGGUUACCAGAGAGAACUGAACUAUAAACACACAGAUGGAUCCUACAGUGCCUUUGGAAAUUCUGAUGAAUCUGGCAACACCUGGUUAACAGCAUUCGUAAUGAAGUCUUUUGGCAGUGCAAGCCGCUUUAUUUAUGUUAAUCCUGUUGAUAUCAGUGAUGCCAAAAAGUGGCUUGGGUUACAUCAACUAAACAAUGGCUGCUUUAUGAAUGUUGGAAAACUAUUCCAUAGUGGAAUGAAGGGUGGAGUAAAUGAUGAAAUUUCCCUAACUGCAUACAUUGCUACAGCCCUACUGGAAUUGGACACCCCAUUCACUGAUUCUAUUUUAAAGAACAGUCUUGCUUGUUUAAGAUCAUCAUUAGAUAAUGUGACUGACAUCUAUACAAAAGUACUCUUGUCCUACAUGUUUACUUUGGCAAAAGAUGAAGAGGCACGGAGCUCAAUGCUGUCUUACUUGGACCAAGCAGCCAUUAAGACAGAUGGUUUUCUACACUGGCAGCGAGCUGGAACAAACAAUAAUGAACUCUCUGUUCAAGUGGAGAUGACAUCUUACGUUCUACUGGCACUGCUGUCUGGACCCCCUCUUCCUGGAUUUGACAUCAAUUACGCAUCUAAGAUUGUUCAGUGGCUUGUUCACCAACAGAACUCUCAAGGAGGCUUCUCAUCCACGCAGGACACAGUUGUAGCACUGCAGGCUCUGGCUCCAUAUGCUGCCCAAGUAUUCAAACCAGAAGGGUCCAGCACGGUGACCAUUAGCUCUGCAAAGGGAUUUCAGACGCAAUUCCAUGUAGACCAAAUUAAUAGACUUCUCUAUCAAGAAAAGGUGCUACAGGAAGUCCCUGGAGAAUACACCAUUGAGACUAAUGGCAACAUGUGUGCUUUUGUACAGUUGUCUCUUCAGUAUAAUAUUCCUCCUCCUCCUGACUUCACCACUUUCAGCAUCUCAGCUGAAGCACAAGGAAACUGCAACAUCAGUGAGAAGAACAGCUUGAACGUCAAAAUUGUUGUCAGCUACAAUGGAAAUCGACAAAGGACAAACAUGGUCAUUAUAAACAUAAAACUCUUGUCUGGUUAUUCUGUGAAUAAAUUCUCUCUUGCAAUGAUAAAGUAUAUGUCAUCUGUGAGGCGAAUUGAUCAGGAUAAUGGAUAUAUUGACAUCUAUAUUGAAGAGCUGGUGCCAAAAGAGCCAAUGACUUUCACCUUAACUAUUGAAGAGGAGAUUCCGGUGAAGAAUAUCAAACCAGCUACUGUCAAGAUCUAUGAUUAUUAUCAGCCAAAUGACCAUGCUGAAUCUGAAUACAAAUCUCCUUGCAGUACAGAUGAUGGAGAAGAAAAUGAAUCCUGAAUGAAAAACAUUGAAUAUUGCAUCUCUGUCACUUAAAUUUCUGCUCUUGGAUUCUUAAAAUAUUUUUGCUUCCUGAUUUCAUUCAGCAGUGUUGAGAAGCCAGUCAUUGAUGUUAUAUAUCAACAUGUUCACAACUAACAAGCAUGAGUUGUUUCAGCAUAAGAUAAUAAUAUCAUGAUGGUAUGAAUCAUUUUUGUGAGUCCAUAUUGUCACUGCUCACUUGAUGGUAGUACUGAAAAAGAAAUCUAUAAAGUAAAAUUUCAGCUCUCAUUUGUUUUUACUUUUAGUAUAGUGAAUACCAACACAUACAGUGUAGUGAGGAUGGGUGGUUGGAAAAUAUGUAUUAAGGUCCUUUGAUUUAAAACUGUGGGAACUAUGGACUGUUUGGUGAACCAAUCUUUAGAUUUUUAAGUAAAAAGCAAUUUUUAUAGAAGUAAACCUUCUGCAACACUUUUUAAUGUUUAACAAGCCUUUACAAUUCCAUCCAUUUUGUCUUUUUCUAAGAAUAGAGAGGAUUAUUUGACACCAAGCAUUAUUGAAAUGCAAUAAAUGAAUAUGAUUGGAUAUAUUUACCCCACCUUCAUCAUUCUUCAGAACAGAAACCAUUUCUUCUAAUUACAUUGAUAAAAAGAAAGUCAAGUGUCUCUACAACUGAUGCAUACUUAUUGAGACUUUCAUUACCCCCUCUUUCUUUUGCUGUAUUCACUUGUACUUUUUUAUUUUGUUUUAUGUACAUUAAACUCCGUCUGUCUGUAAGAAAUACUUUCAGUUGACCUCUGUAAUUCUCUUAUAAAAAUCACUCUCAUGGGAUAAUGUCAUGAAAUGCUGUAUAUUAUAAUACAAUAAAUUCCACUUACAGUACUAUACUGGAACACUAUUUGAAAGUCUCAUUGAUUUGGAAUGUUGUAAACCAAAGCACAUGUCCGUUUGUUGGACAAAUACCAAAGCCUUUUUUGGUUAUAUAUGGAAAUAAAAUAAGUAAGAAAGAA